GAGAGCUUUUGUGGUGAGUUUGAUUCUUUCAGCUCUCUUCAGCUUCAUUGUCAUGAAGCUGAGCCUCACCACAGGUAUCAUACCUUCUCUCAAUGUCUCUGCUGGGCUUUUGGGGUUCUUCUUUGUGAAGACAUGGACUAAGUUCCUCGAUAAGACUGGUUGGCUCAAACAACCCUUCACUAGACAAGAGAACACUGUCAUCCAGACCUGCGUCGUUGCUAGCUCCGGGAUCUCUUUCAGCGGAGGUUUUGGGAGUUACCUGUUUGGAAUGAGUGGGGUUGUGGCAAAGCAAGCAACAAGUUUUAAUGAUUCCCAAAAUGUUAAGAACCCACAAAUUGGAUGGAUUGUGGCGUUUCUCUUUGUUGUUAGUUUCAUUGGUCUCUUCUCUGUUGUGCCUCUUCGGAAGAUCAUGAUUAUUGACUAUAGAUUGACUUACCCAAGUGGAACUGCAACUGCACACCUUAUAAACAGCUUCCACACUCCUCAAGGAGCCAAAGUAGCCAAGAAACAAGUUCAUACAUUGACCAAGUUCUUCAGCUUCAGCUUCUUAUGGGGUUUCUUUCAAUGGUUUUUCACUGGAGGGGAUGGUUGUGGAUUUGUAAACUUCCCAACAUUUGGUCUUGAAGCCUUUACCAAUAAGUUUUACUUCGAUUUCUCCGCGACUUAUGUUGGGGUUGGGAUGAUCUGUCCAUACAUCAUAAACAUAUCUGUGUUAAUUGGAGGAAUUAUCGCAUGGGGUAUUAUGUGGCCUCUUAUAGAAACUAAAAAAGGUGAUUGGUAUCCUGCAAGCCUCAAAGAGACCAGUCUCCAUGGAUUGCAAGGUUACAGGGUUUUCAUCUCUAUUGCCUUGAUACUAGGAGAUGGUCUAUACCACUUUGUGAAGGUGCUGAGCAUAACAGUCAUUAACUUUUCUAAAGCAAGCAAGGACAAAAAAGAUGAGGGUCUCUCUAUCUCCGACCCAUCUCUUUCUUAUGAUGAUGAACGACGAACCAAAUUGUUCCUCAAAGACCAAAUUCCAACUUGGUUUGCAGUAGGAGGCUAUGUUCUUAUUGCUAUUAUCUCCAUUAUUGUACUACCUUUCAUCUUCCACCCACUCAAGUGGUACUUCAUCUUGAUCAUCUAUAUUUUUGCUCCAGUUCUAGCAUUUUGUAAUUCAUAUGGAUGUGGGCUUACUGAUUGGUCUCUAGCCUCCACAUAUGGGAAGCUUGCCAUCUUCACAAUUGGGGCAUGGGCUGGGGCAUCACAUGGAGGGGUUCUAGCAGGUCUUGCAGCUUGUGGUGUCAUGAUGAACAUUGUUUCCACUGCUUCUGAUCUCUCACAGGACUUCAAAACAGGGUACCUGACCUUGGCUUCACCAAAGUCAAUGUUUAUAAGCCAAGUAAUUGGGACUGCAAUGGGUUGUGUUAUCUCCCCAUGUGUCUUCUGGAUCUUCUACAAGGCUUUCCCUGAUAUAGGUCAACCUGGUUCAGCAUAUCCAGCCCCUUUUGCACUCGUCUAUCGUAGCAUGUCUAUGCUUGGUAUUGAAGGGUUCUCAUCUCUGCCAGGCCAUUGCCUUCAACUUUGCUAUAUUUUCUUUGCUGUAGCGAUUGUCAUAAAUGGGAUCAAAGAUGUUGUAGGAAAGAAAUGGGCUAAGUAUAUCCCACUCCCAAUGGCUAUGGCAAUACCAUUCUACCUAGGGACUUACUUUGCCAUUGACAUGUGUGUUGGAAGCUUGAUAUUAUUUGUGUGGCAAAAGGUGAACAAGGCUAGGGCAGAUAUAUUUGCACCAGCAGUUGCUUCUGGUAUGAUCUGUGGUGAUGGGAUAUGGUCUUUGCCCACUGCCAUUCUUGCUUUGGCUAAGAUAAAUCCACCCAUCUGCAUGAAGUUCCUUUCAGCUGCAGCAAAUGCAAAAGUUGAUACUUUCUUGGCGGGUUAAGA